AUGAUCCUCAGCACCCCUCAGAUGGCCUCGGGCCAGGCCUGCAAGCGCGCGGCCGCGGCUCCCGCCCACUGCCUGCCCAUUGUCGCGGCCCCCCGCCGCCGCGCCGCCUCCCGCGCCGCGGCCGCGGCCGCGCUGCCCCAGAGGGCCUCCAACGUCGCCCCCCUGCGCGCGACCCUCGCCGCCGAGGCCACCACCGAGCACCCGGUGCAGUUCGAGACCACCAGCCUGAACGCCUACCUGUCCCGCCGCCACGAGCUGGUGCUGGCCCACUUCCCGACCUCCCUGGGCGUGGAUGACUUCAUCAGCCGCGUGGAGGUCGCCCUCUCCGCCCACGGCUUCCGCGGCGACAACUCGAUCGGUGCGCGCGCGCGCGCCGUCGGAGGGACCGGAGUGGGCGCGCCGGACGCCCCGAAUUGCGGCCGCGGCGCCGGCAGCUGGCUGUAG